CCAUCUGCUCAGCUGGGGCCAGUGGGAGGAGGCACCAUGACACCCAUCCUCACAGCCCUGCUCUGCCUUGGUGUGAGUCUGCGCCACAGGAUCCAAGUGCAGGCAGGUGAGUCUUCCUCAAAACCCACAGUCUGGGCUGAACCAGGCUCUGUGAUCACCUCGGGGAGUCCCGUGACCAUCUGGUGUCAGGGGACCCUGGAGGCCCAGGAGUACCACCUGUAUAAAGAGGGAAGAUCAGCACCCUGGAUCAGACAGAGCCCACUGGAGCCCAGAAACAAGGCCAAGUUCCCCAUCCCAUCCAUGACAGAGCACCAUGCAGGGCGAUAUCACUGCUACUAUCAGAGCCCUGCUGGCUGGUCAGAGUCCAGUGACCCCCUGGAGCUGGUGGUGACAGGAAUCUACAGCAAACCCACCCUCUCAGCCCUGCCCAGCCCUGUUGUGACUACAGGAGAGAAUGUGACGCUCCAGUGUAUCUCAAGCCUCAGAUUUGGCACGUUUGUUCUGACUGAGGAAGGAAAAAAUCUCACCUGGACCCUGGACUUAGAGCAAGACACUGGUUGGGAGUUCCAGGCCCUGUUCUCUGUGGGCUCCAUGACCGCAAUGCACAGGCGGACGUUCAGAUGCUAUGGCUAUUACAAGAACACACCCCAGCUGUGGUCAGAACCCAGUGACCUCCUGGAGCUCGUGGUCUCAGAAGCAGCUGACACCUUUAGCCCACCACAAAACAAGUCAGACUCCAGGACUGCCUCACACCCCCAGGAUUACACAGUAGAGAAUCUCAUCAGGAUGAGCAUGGCUGGUUUGAUCCUGGUGGUCCUCGGGAUUCUGCUGUUUCAGGCUCAGCACAGCCACAGAAGCCCCCAAGAAGCAGCCACGAGGUAA